AUGGAGAAAGAGAACAAGCAAAGUGGCACUGGCUAUGAUAAUGACAGUAGAAAACACCAGGAGCAGAGUUCAGAAGAAAAAUGUUAUAAGGCUUCCUUGCUGUAUUCCAGUGGAGGGGAUAUGAAGAAGGGGUCAUUGGGACCACCUCUGAUCCCCCCCAUAGGCAAGGCAGUAAGUCCCUCUCUUGGCAGUGCUGCGGGCUCUCUGCAAAGCUCUCCGCAGCUGGAAUUCCAGGAGUCCCAGGAGAUGAGGCCAAGAUCCAGCAGCAGAAGCAAGGAGGAAAACUCUGAACAUGCAGGCCUCUCACUGAGCCAGGCCAAGGAGAUGGAUCAUCACACUGAUCCUGGUCUUAUGCGUGACACAGACCUGAGGGAAGGUUUUGGAAAGAUCCGUGCUGCAUUGUGCAUGUUGGCUCAAAAGAACUUAGAGCGGAAGGAUGCAGAGCUUUUGGAGAGAGAGAUGAAGAAAAGGAGGCAAAGGAAAACAUCCUUGCAGCCCAUUCUGGAGACAGUUGAGCCCGGGGAUGAAGCUGAAGCAAGCUUUAGCCUCCCACCUGUUGAUGGCACAGGUUCUAGAGUGCAGAGAAAACAGCCUGGUAGUGCCUUGAAGAAGAAGGUCUUGAAGAAGCAGGACAAUGUGUCCUUACUGCCCAAUAGGCCCAUCAUCCAUGGGGAUGGCAGCUUCCCACGCAGCUCCUCAGUGACCUCGCAGACGGCCACUGGUGCCCAGCGCCGAGAGGAGCCGCUCCGUGGGCAUGGGCAGAAGGACAGAGCCUCUCCAGACCCACAGCACUCCUUGCUGGAGGCACUCUCCUUGCUCAGCAGCGAUGACUGGGAGCUGAAGGAGAAGGGACUCUACAACAUCAAACACCUGGCUGGGUCCCAUUCAGAGGUCCUGCUGUGUAGACUUCAUGACGUUUGCUUGGCAGUUACCAGCGAGGUGGCCAACCUCCGUUCCAAGGUGUCCUACUCUGCAAUUGUCACUCUGGGAGAGCUCUUUGCGACCUUGAAGAAGAACAUGGACUCUGAGGUGGAUGAGGUUGCUCGGGUCCUUCUGCAGAUGGUGUCCAACUCCCCAGAAUUUGUUCAGAAAGCAGCCAGUCAGACCCUGGGGAUCAUGGUGGAGAAUGUGACUCCUGCACGAGCAAUGACUGCUCUCAUGGACAUGGGAGUCAAGUAGGUUGUUCUUCUUUUAGUGAUAUUCUUCACCUUCUAGUGUGUGGGAGGGAGAAGGGAUGAGACAGAGAAUGGGAAUGGUGGGAGGGAAGGGUCCUGUAUGCUGCAUCUUCUGUGAACUCAGUGACUUCAUUCUCCAAUCAACAUCAUUUCUCUCUUCUUGUCACCUGUUUCUGCCCUCCUGCAGCCUAUUAGUUCUCAGAA